GAUUAGAUUGAUAUCCCGGUGGAUGUUACGUCAUCAGAUCGUACACGUUGCGCUUACGCAUCGACUACAUAGCACAUAAACAAAAAUGAUAGGUUUUGGUGCGAAAUUGUCGAUCGAGCAUGUUCUUGUGGUAUUCAUUGCGUUUUUUCAGCUCCCGUUGGGUUUCACAGCCGCCGGUAUCCCCACCGAUUUUGCGGAGCAGAUUACAUUAAACACGGAUGAUCCAUACGUGCUAAAAUCCUAUCAGUAUCCUGCUACAUUCCCAUCAAAUACGAAGCAUACGUAUCAGAUAUCAGCUCCAGGAAAGGGAAUUCGGAUCCGUUCGACGGAAUUCUUGUUUGGUCAGCGCUCGAUUCCGGCUGUGCAGGGACGGCCGAUUGUGGACAGUGAUCGGUGUCGAGGCGGGCGCGUCACGAUAUGGGAUACCAAAUAUCCUGCGUCACCCGUCAAACUCGCGUGUGGCACCGACACCUUCGAUCUGCUCUCGGCCGGUGAUGCCAUAAUCAUCGAGCCGGUGGCGUCCGGUUCGGGCAGUAGUACGGUGGAUCGAUUUCAGAUUGAGCUAACGCGCGUACCAUGCGGAAGGGAUGCCACCGUCCUGUGUCCAUCCGACCAGCGAACCUGUAUCAUGAACGAACAGAUUUGCGACGGUGUGCAACAGUGUCCUAAAGGCGAAGACGAAGUGUGCAGUAUGGACUGCGGACGCCAGUCCGGUACCAUUUACGACAACGAAAACCUCCGCAUCUUGGGCGGCAGCACGACCAGCAGCGGCAGUUGGCCCUGGCAUGUGUUCUCGAUGCCGCCUCCCUGCGGCGGCUCUUUGAUUGCGCCACGAUGGGUCCUUACCGCCGCGAGCUGUAUGAGCAAUUUUAUCGGAAAAACCCAGCCGCUCUCGCUGUAUCUCCAGCCGCAUCACUGCGCCAGCGCGACGAAUUUGAGUACCAUCCCCCAAAUUGCCGUACAACAGAUCUUUACUCAUCCGCUGUGGAAGACCACCUCCGACGCGACCUUCAUGAACAUCGCGCUCCUACUGUUAAAAUCGGAUGUCCCGUCGUCCUCGGAUAUUCGGCCCAUCUGUUUGCCGCGGCCCGAUAUGGCACCGAAUAUCGGUGAGACCUGCUACGCGGCUGGCUGCGGCGUCAUCGACGGCGCUAACAAUGUGGCCAGCGAUCUGUUGCAAGUGGGACUGACCGUCAACGAUGGCCAGUGCACCGCGGAUAAGAUUUGCGCGGGGAAAGCCCGAAACGGAACUUGUUCGGGUGAUACCGGCGGACCGCUGGUGUGCCAACGACCGGAUGCGGCUGGUUUGAGCCAAUGGUAUCUGUUUGGCGUGACGGUGAUACCUGCGGGAACAGACUGCGGCUCCACAUACAGCAGCUUCUCCGCCGUGCAGAUGUCCAUGCGGUUCAUCAUGGAGACGCUGAAUGCGCAGAACUUCCAGGGCUGGUUCCAGAAUCGCACGGUGCCCAGACUGUCGCCCGAUCAGCUGCCGGGUCCUGGGCCCAAUCAGACCGGCGGGUGCGGUGACACAGCGCGAACGGAUACACUGCAACCGUGUAAUGCCGGAACCCAUAACAAAAUAAAGGCGGGAGGCCCUGUUGACCUUUUGCUGUUCUCUGUUUUUACUCUUUUACUUUUUUAGUGGGUAUGAAAAUGUAGUGGACUGCUUUGCAGUUACUUGGUUGUUGGACUGUUUACGACAGUGUCACCCUUUGUUUUACCCAACGCAUGCCUUUUUUACGGAACCGCCCAGAUGUAGCGGCAAAUUGGCAACGACAUAAUUCCCUUAUCAUAGACAGUAUUAGAAAAUAAAGAAAUCA